AUUGAGUACGAGUAAAGCGUCGGCGGUUUCUAGGGUUUAGUUAUCAGAGCCAUCUCCGUCGAUCCUAUUACCCAAACCAAAUCAAUCUCUCUUCUUCCUACCGCUUGCUGAUUCUCUCUCACCGUUGCUGUUCUCUCCGUGGAUAUGGCGGCGGAAGUGGCAGCCCCCUCGCGCGGCCGUCAGGUGCGUUUGGAAGACGAUAACAUGGUGUUCGAGACGAGCCCAGGAGUAGAGGCCGUCACGAGCUUCGAUCAGAUGGGGAUUGGCGACGAUCUACUCCGCGGAAUAUACGCCUACGGGUUCGAGAAGCCCUCGGCAAUCCAGCAGAGAGCCAUCAUGCCUAUUGUGAGCGGCCGCGACGUUAUCGCCCAGGCCCAAUCCGGAACUGGAAAGACUUCCAUGAUCGCUCUCUCUGUUUGCCAAAUGGUGGACACCUCCUCCCGAGAAGUGCAGGCAUUGAUUCUGUCACCCACAAGAGAACUCGCUUCACAGACAGAAAAAGUAAUGUUAGCAAUUGGCGAUUACAUAAAUGUCCAAGCUCAUGCUUGUAUUGGUGGGAAGAGCAUAGGAGAGGAUAUAAGAAAACUUGAAUAUGGCGUUCAUGUUGUCUCAGGAACACCUGGUAGAGUCUGUGACAUGAUAAAGAGAAGGACACUCCGCACAAGAUCAAUUAAAUUACUUGUCCUUGAUGAAUCUGAUGAGAUGUUAAGUAGAGGAUUUAAGGAUCAAAUAUAUGAUGUGUACAGAUAUCUCCCCCCUGAUCUUCAAGUGGUUCUGAUAUCUGCAACCCUUCCACAUGAAAUAUUAGAGAUUACUAGCAAGUUUAUGACAGAUCCUGUGAGAAUACUUGUCAAACGUGAUGAAUUAACUCUUGAGGGUAUCAAGCAAUUCUUUGUAGCUGUUGAGAGAGAAGAAUGGAAGUUUGAUACUUUGUGUGAUCUCUAUGAUACACUGACAAUAACGCAAGCUGUUAUUUUCUGCAACACAAAGAGAAAGGUUGAUUGGCUGACUGAAAAAAUGCGUAGUAAUAACUUCACAGUGUCUUCAAUGCAUGGUGAUAUGCCUCAGAAAGAAAGAGAUGCCAUUAUGUCUGAGUUCAGGUCUGGCGCAACACGUGUGCUAAUCACAACCGAUGUUUGGGCUCGUGGCAUUGAUGUUCAGCAGGUUUCUCUGGUGAUAAAUUAUGAUCUUCCAAACAAUCGCGAGCUUUACAUACAUCGCAUUGGGCGUUCAGGACGUUUUGGCCGCAAGGGCGUUGCGAUAAACUUCGUGCGCAAGGAUGACAUAAAGAUACUACGAGACAUCGAACAAUAUUACAGUACUCAAAUUGAUGAAAUGCCUAUGAAUGUUGCUGAUCUUAUUUAAACCACAGAGUAUGAUACUGGAGUUGAGAUCUAUAUUGGAACUGGAAGAAACACAUUUGUGUUGCAAUUGACGCUUGAGUUUUGCAUCAAAGCUGCCUUUUAAAUAUAAAUGAGUGCUGUUGCGUUUGGUAAAGCGUUCAGUUUUUCGCUUAGUUUUUAGUAAUUAUGAAUCUAUAUCUAUAUCAAUGAAGCUAUUGAGUGAACAUAUAAAUAUUUAUGUCUACUGUUACAUGUUGUAAAAAGCUGAAUGUGUAGUUGGGGAGAUUAUUCUGUGUUGUCGUCGGACACUGUUGGAGAUGAAUCAAGAUCCGUCACGUCACUUUUUUGUUGUGCACUGGUGUUGUGUAUCAAUUGACGUGGUGCGUUCUGAUUUAUCUUCGGACUGUCCGAUGAACACAUAAAAUAAUUUCUCGUAGUUUGGAUUGUUUGGUUAUGUUUUUCUUGUUUUUAUUUCUAAAGUGUUGACUUGAAUAUGAAUUAGUCAGUUUAUUAAUGAGAUAAUAUUUGUUCAAAUA